AUGAAUUUAUCAGACCACGAGAAUUCAGACAAUGUGCAAUAUUGUUUUGAAUUUGUCAACACAUCCUGUGCCAGAGUCACCAGGUCAAUUGCAAUUAAUGUAGCACUGUACAUUUUUAUUAUCACUUCAAUACUCAUUACUAUAUUUGGAAACCUGGUGGUGAUCAUUUCUGUUUUACAUUUCAAACAACUACAGACACCCACCAAUUUUCUUCUCUCAUCUUUGGCUGUUGUGGACUUUCUAGUUGGCUUUAUUGUAUUGCCAUAUAGUAUGGUUAGGUCAGUGGAAAAAUGCUGGUAUUUUGGAGAAGUGUUCUGUAAAAUUCACUCAAUUACAGAGAUUGUGUUAACUGUUGUUUCAAUUUACACUUUAUGUUUUAUUGCCAUUGAUCGUUAUUAUGCUAUGUGUGACCCUUUGUUUUACUCUGUAAAGAUCACUCUACCUGUAACAGUUAUGACAAUUAUACUAAUUUGGCUGUUUGCUGUCUUUUAUGGACUUAGUGUAUUUUUAUUAGACUUUAGUAAAAAGUCUGUAGAUGAUUAUGUAGCUCUGUCUGGAUUAAACUCCAUCUGCCAUUUCUCUGCCCAAGUUUCC